AUGGACACACAUAUCCCGGCUACGCCGGCGGCCUUCCGGCAGCUGCACGUCAAGCUGCCGACCGAAGACCCCACGAACAACCGCAGUAUUUUCUCCGAGAGCCAGCGUUGGCUGGCCGACCACCCCAGCGGCUUCCUCAUGAUGCGCAACAUGCAGCCCGAGGUGCCGCUGGGCUUUGGCAUGCUCCUCGAAAGCCUCGACACGGGCAAGAUUAUCUUCCACAAGCGCAUUCGUCGUAGGACACCAUUAUUCAAGCCCCCCUACCCGUCGAUCCCCGAGCCCUUCACAUGGCAUGAGCGCUACGGCAAGGGAGAGCUCCCCCCGGAAAUUCGCGUCUCGACGCUCACCGACGAUCCCCGCGUGGAUCUGGUCCUCCCUAAGGAGCCUUACUUUCCGCGUCUCUACGCCGCAGCUUGGCCCACGGCUGCACAACCCCCGCCAGACCCAAAUUCCCGCUCUAGCUCUGACUCUGGCUCUGAAGACACCGCCCAGACCCCACCGGCCUCGACCCAGCCCGCCGAAGAGGUCCACUCGCUGUACUACAAGUACUACAACGGUUCUUCCUUGGCCAACCUCGUGGAAAUGUACAGCGACCGGACUGGCGGCCCCAUCCCCGAAUCUUUCAUCUGGCACGUUGUCGAGCAACUCACCCGCGCUCUCUUGUUUCUUUACGCGGGAUUGACCCGUGCCGACCUCGAUUCCUUCACCGAGCCCGCGGACGAAACGCCAGAACACUACGACCUCAUUCUCAAUCGCAUGCUACAACGAGCGCCGUGGAUACACCAAGAUAUCUCAGACGUUAACAUCCUUCUCGAUUCCCCCUUGAACGCCGACGGCCUCCUAGAGCCCAUGGGCCGGUUCUUCCCCGACGUCAUCCUGUCGGGUCUUCAAAACGCC